AUGAAAAAGUGGUUGAAGGAUGAAAGAGAAGAAGCGAUAAUCCGAUUACGCUGUAACAAUCGAUGUCCAGAAUCAAUACGUCCAAUCUUAUUCAUAAAAGCAAAAAUAUUGCAAAACUCUCGUCAAAAACGUGGAAUUCGACGCGAUCAAGAUUGUUCAAAUCGGAAGUGCUGCCUCAAAUCGCGAUAUUUUCAAUUUCGAAAUAGUGGUUUCGAGCAAAUAACAACACCAGAUGGAUUCCUAAUGAAUUUCUGUGAUGGAAUCUGUGAUCAGACUCUUGUUCCGGCUACAAACGAUCGCAAUGCUUUAGUACAAGCGAUGAAAAUUUCAAAUUUACGUUUUAAUCCAUUCAAAAACAAAUGGGUAUGCUGUGUACCGAUCAAAUUUACAUCAAUCAAUGUCGCUGAGCAAUACAAUAAUGGCAUACAGCGAUCGAUUCCUUUAAAAAAUAUCAAAGUUGAAGAAUGCGAUUGUGUGAUAUAA